AGAAAAUCAGUCGUCAUUUUUGUUCCCUUUCAACGACGAAAAACCGCCCACGUAUCAGACCUCUCUACCUUUACGAACCACCGACAAAGCCUCUUCGAAAGCGAUUCUGAACGCUCCGACAACACUCGUACCGGUACCCCUUCUGAACACCGACCCGAAACUUUUUAUUGUCUCCUGCCAGACCGACCGACAUUCGAAUUGCCCACGAUGUCGAGCUCACUCGAGCGUCAGCAGGCGUCGUUCAUGAGCAGCAUGUCCGCCGCUUCCUCGAAGCUGGCGGGCACCAAGCGCGCUCUCGCCCCGCCAUCGCCGUCGCCCUCGGUCGGCUCCGUCGCCUCGGCCGUCGCUGCCGGCAGCGGCACCCCUCGCAAGGCGGCAGACCGCGUCGACACGCCCGCACACAACAUCGUGUACUCUCAGCCGGCCGCCACCGGCACCGGCCUCAACAUCAUCACACAGGUUACAUACGCUAUCGCUUGGCUGCGCGGCAAAGAUGAGCCGCGCACGUACCUGGAAAUCCUGGGCCACCUUUCGGGCCUGCACUGGAGCCCGUCGUACCAGGAGGAGUUUGUAGAAGCGAUGCGCCGCACGCGCGAGAUUCAGUGGAUUCCCGACCCGAACUUGAGCGAGCAGACUUGGCAGAGCGGGACGUAUCUACACCGACCCAAGGUGCCCGGCGUCCGGAACAAGACGCAGCUGCUGGCCUACCUACAAAAGAAGACGGACGCGAGCUGUGUGGGUGUGAAGGAGCUCAAGGACGGCUGGCCCGAUUGCGAGAAGGCCAUCAACGAGCUCGAGGCGGAGCACAAGAUUCUGGUGAUCCGUGUCAAGAAGGAAGGCUCGCCGCGCUAUGUCUGGCUGGAUGAUCCCAGCUUGUUCCACGAGGUCGAUCCGGAGCUAAAGGUCAUGUGGCAGAAGGUCGAGGUGCCGGGAACCGAUACGAUUGUUCAGCGACUCAAGGCCGCGUCGCAGAAGCCGGCGAGCGAGGAUCCGAGGGAUAAGAUGACGGCUGCGCCGAAGGCGGAGAAGAAGAAGAGGGCGCAGAGGAGGACGGGCAAGGCGACGAAUACGCACAUGGAGCAUUUGCUCAAGGAUUACAGCCACAUGAAGCGGUAAAGGGGAUUUUGCGUCUUGUGGAGCCCUUGGUUUCUCUACCGGUUUGAGAUGACCUUCAGACGGUCAAUGGCAGGUGAACAGUUGCGGAAUCAGACAUGGUCGUUACGGCUGCCAAGUCGAGGGAUCUGUCCGCCUCACGGCUACCUUCCAUCAUUAUUUCCGAGACGCACAUGGGAACCUUUUUUUUUUUUAUUUUUUUUUCCUUUUUUUUUUCGGCUUUUACAACCAUAUAACAAUCACACGAACAAAGCAUUUGGAAAUGGCGUUUGAGAGGGAACUCACGCGGGACAAUGGGGUUUUUUAUACGGUCGCAAUUAGAGAGAUGGAUACGGUAGGAGGCAAACUCCUACGAAGGGAAUCCGCAAAGAGUCAUGGUAUCCGAGUGGUAUAAUUAGUGGGUUCAUUCGACUGUCUUUGUGGCUCUUUUUUUUUUUUUUUUCUUUUCCUUUUUUUUUCUUUUCCUUUUUUUUUUUUUUUUUUUUUUUUUUUUUCUCUUUCUGCUCUUCUUUUUAUAGCAAAACUGGCGCGGAAUCAUCAGAGGGGAUUUUGGGGGACAUCAGCAACGAAAUCCAGGCAUCUCAUCGAUGCUUUCAAGUCUUGGUUUCAAGAUACUCGAGAUACGAACUAGGUUGAGGAGAUCAGUUUGAUAUCAUAAUUUACACAAACAGCACACCCGUGAACAACCACAACUACUACUCCCGCUUGAAGUCAAACCUGCAUCGUGCUCAACGCCUG